AUGAGCCAUCGCUCCAAUGACGCCAAUCCAUCUUCCACCACAAAGCAGAAAAAGAAAUCUAACAAAUCCAACCACAACGACCCGAACGACGAUGCUUCCGCUUCCGCUUCCGCUUCCGCUUCCGCCUCAUCCCCGUGCGUCUCGAUCCUAGAUUCUCCUGGCGCUGACCCUUCAGCCGCUCUUGAUCUUGCUUCGGCUUCGGCUUCCAUCCAUCCUUUGUCCACCUCGGCCGUCGACUUUGUCACUGCAGCUCCUCCUCGAACGUUUGUAGCAUCCACCUUCAAACCCGUGUCUGCCAUUAAUUCCGUCACGUCGACCAUCUCGGCUCUCUCUCACCAUGCCAAUCGUGGCUUCAACAAUCUCAUCGCAGCCCACUCCAACUCUACCGUACCCACUUCUCCUUCGCCCGCCAAUGCCACCCCGCUUCGCUCCGACGGUUCCAUCUCUCCCAUUUACGACGCUUUUCUCAAUGCUCCCUCUCCUCCUCAUCCCGCCCAGAUUCACGCCGCUCUACACCAGGCGCACCACACUGAUCACGCUACUGCGCCUCGUCUUCUCUGGUCACGCUGGGAUCGUCUCCCGUUUCAACACAAUCCUACCAAAUCCGCUCCCUUGCUCAUCUCGUACUUUGACGACGGCUCUCUCCAAGCCCUUCUCGUUCAUCACCGCACCAUCUCCGAGCUCCUCUGCCUUCCCAACGCAGCUGACGUCCUCCUCAAUCCAUCCACCUCCGUCCCUUCAUCUAAACCUUCACUCCUACUCACCGCCCUUGUCCGUCCUCCCACCGCCGACCUGACCGAUCCGCAGCUUCUACUCGUCGUACAGCCAUCUGACAAGGCCCCUUGCCUGCUCGCCUACUCGCUCACUGCCCAUCAGGUGCAGGCAUCCGUGCAGCUUCCCCAUCCCUCUCGAUCUGUGCCCGUUCCAGCUCAGCACACGGACCAACGACGCGAUCUCCUCUGGCCUCAGGUACAGGCACAGUGCAACCACCACUACCUGGUGCUUUCCUUUGCCGCGCCUCCCUCGAUCCACGUUUUGUCCACCUCCACUCUCCACUAUCUCUAUCCUCCCAUUCUGGACGUCUCGGCUGCUUCUCUGGAGCGUCCUGUGCCUAUUUCCCUCUCCCACCGUCUGCUCGCCUUUGCAUGUACUCCCUCCGACCAUGUUUCGCCUAUUCGUUCCGACGUCCGCAGAUUCUCCAACGCCACCUACCACGACCUGUCUUACUCCUCUGCCACCAUACACUCGGACAAUCCCGCACGUCUAGGCGAAAUGCGCGAUAACCUCUUUGAGACUUCAGCGCACGUCGGCGAUGCAGCACGUCGUAUCCGCGGAGGCGUCAUCAAUGGCGUCCGCAACCUUGGCGAAUGGGGAAGUUCCUACUGGCCCCAAGCCGCCAGUCCACCUGCUGCCCCGCCCUUUGCGCCCUCACAACCCAGUCUGCUUUCCCAGUCGGCUCCUCACUCGGCUCCACACCCACUUCGUCAAGCCUCAUCCGCUUCCACCUCUCCCAUGCUUUCAGCCGCAGACGCUGGCCGCGCCGCAAAGCGUCUAUCCACAGGUGCUACCGCCCUUGCCGAUGUUGCUGCUGCUGCCGCUGCCACUGCCGCUUCCGUGCAAAGCGCGCACAACUCCCAUGCCGGAUGCGUUCGCGUCAUUGACCUUGCAUCCGACGCACGCACUCUCUGCACCUUUGCACCCUCCAGCCAUGCCGUGACACUCGUCUCAUUCAGCCCCUGUGGUCGCCUCCUCCUCACCGCCGAUGCGCUCGGCCAUGCUUUCCACGUCUUUGAGCUGCCCCUCUCCGGCACCUUUGGCAACUCUACCACCUCUGCCUCCUCCUCCGCCGUUUGGCAUCGAUACAAGCUCCUGCGCGGCAUCACCACCGCAGACGUCGUCAACGCCCAAUGGACUCCCGACUCCCAGUGGAUCGCCGUCGGCACACACAGCGGCACCGUCCACAUCUAUGCUGUCAACCCCUUUGGCGGCGUCCCUUCGAUUGCCAAUCACGUGCAAGCCAAGAUCAGGAACCCAUACACGCUUCAGCCCUUGGGUAUCUCGCUUUCCAGUCUCGCCCGAUCCGUUCGGCCCUCGCCUCCACCGCUACCACAGCAAGAACUCCUCUCCAGACCACCAAGCCGCGUUGGCCCAGACAUCACCUCUACGACUGCAGCCGAAACACAGAAGCUGGCGCCUCCCUCUUUCCUGCUUGUUCCGCAUCCAUCACCCACCUCUCAUUCCGACGGCCACGUCUGCUCGCCUUUUGAGCUGCUCACCAGCGAUACGCGUAUCCUUGGCGUCACCCUUCACGCCGUUCGCUGCUGGAGUACGCAGACAUAUGCCUCUGGCGUCGGCAACGCGAGCCAAGACGCCGCCGACUCGAAGCGAUGCUUGGUGGCUUCCACGUCGCCACGAACCUCUGGUCUCUCUCAAAUGAUGAGAAAGGCGGGCGAAGGCUUACUAAACCAUCAACAAGCACCGCGUUUACUGGCCGAAUGCGUGCGUGUGGCUUUGUGGCAGCACAUCGCACCUCAAGCAGGCUCGGUCACGAAACUCAGUGUAGCCGCGCUCGCGGAUCAGUUGGGCGCAUCGCGCUCUCUUGACGCCUCUAAUGUUUCUCUCGCAACGCCGCUGGCGUCGGUAGCCAAAGCCGAGAUCGAAACAUACAGCCAGUCACCCGCCAUGCUUCCAUCUUCCAUCUUUCUCUCUCGACAGACGUUCUUUCAUGCUCGUACCUGCAACCUCAAGUCAGCCUCUCCUGCUGCUCAACAAGCUGAACGACUACGCUGCAUCCAACGUCGCGCCUCGAGGCCUAUCCAAGUUCGACGCACUGCACGCAUUGUGUCUCGCGAACCUUCCUCGGAAGGUCCGAGCUCGUUCGACGAUAGUUUGGCUGUCGCUCUUGACCAAAUGUCGUUUGAUCCUGAGCACCUGCCUCCACGUAGUGCUUCCGCUCAUAUUCCCAGCUUUCCGCAGGGACAGCGCGCUCGCUCAGCUGGAUGGCCCACUGGCAGCAGCAUCCCCAUUCGUAUUGUCGCUGGUGGACUUGGCGGCAUCUAUCGCGCAGGUAAGGAACUCGGCCGAGGCGUCGACAUAGCAAAGCGGCGCACGAGUGGCGCUUCUGGCACCGCACCACAGCAAGAAAGCGCCAACUUGUCCAGAAACACGGCAUCCAUCUCAUUUGAUGCCGGCGACGAUGUCGACCUGCUAGGCGAACAUGACGAUCUGGACCGAUCGAAUCGACCGGCGUACCGCAGCGAUGCCCAUAUCGAGCACGGUUCUAAUCGGUCAGACGUAUCGCUGCUUUCUGUGCUCCGCAACGACGAACCGUGCAGAGGUUCGCAGCCUAGCUCGGCUGAAACUCCCUCGACACGCUUUAGUGAAGCCGAAGACGCUUCAGCAGACGUAGACGAGUGCGAUUGGGACGCUAUCGAAGCGAGUCGCAGCCCAGCAGCGGCUGGAGCUCCGUUAUUCGAGGCGGUUGACAUGCCGCAAGGUCAGCACGUCAACAAGAAGCAAACGCAUGGCAGUAAUAGCAUGGACGAUGACUUUACUGUGGGCAUGUUUGAGGAAGACUCGGACACUGCCGCCACAAUGCAAUCGCGAUCAAGUCUUUCACAAGCCCAGGAGGCUAAAUGCAAAGCCACUACAGCCAAGGAAUUGGUGUAUGCUCUCCCCGCUGGUGGCUCCACGCGCUCGAGCCUGUUGAGCCACAGCGGCGGCCUGACGACAACGGCCGACAGUCGAGUCGAGCGUAAGGUGGUACGCGAAAGCAGUCCGUCCAACUCGGAAGGUAGCGGCGACAGUGCAAGUCAGGCGAGCACCGGUUCAGGUAUGCUUUGCGAAGGCAGCAAAGAGACGCACACCUACGAUGAUCAGCCAAGCACUGCGGACGCGGAAGCCAACAAGGAUGCGGUAGAUGCUACUGGCAUGCCAACGGUGAUUAGCACCUCGGGCGGUGCAAAGAAGAAAAAGAGGAAAGGUGGACGUUGA